UCCCCUUUACCGUCUCGAGGUCGUGCUUGGCGGAGCAAAACCCUACUAGGGUGUCGAUACGUACCCUUCUAGGGUUUUUUCCGCCUCUAAGCUAGCAUUUUGGCAAGUUAGGUCUAAGAUUUCGCUCUUUUUUUAGUCCUUCAGGUUGUUGUUAAUCAAUCUCCCUGGGUUUUUUUUGUCGAUUUCUGAGUCGAUUUGCCGUUCGGACUUCGAUCUUGAGCUUUCGAUUAGGCUGCCAUGGAUACUCGCAAGAGAACUACGACUGAAGCUAGUUUCAACGCCAAUGGCGGUGCUAAGAAAUUCAGGACAGAAAUGGACUCAUCAACUGGUUUAGGAAGCAAAUUGAAGCCGUGCACCAAGUUUUUCAGUACUGCUGGCUGCCCUUUUGGAGAGAAUUGCCACUUCCUUCAUUAUGUUCCUGGCGGAUAUAAUGUGGUUGCACAGAUGAUGAACUUGGGGCCAGCUCCUGUAUCAAGGAAUGUGACUCCGGCGGCUUCUGUUCCUAAUGGUUCUUCUGCACCAGCAGUUAAAACCAAAAUGUGCAACAAAUAUAACACUGCUGAGGGCUGCAAAUUUGGUGACAAAUGCCAUUUUGCGCAUGGUGAGUGGGAACUUGGCAAGCCUGUUGCCCCAUCUCAUGAAGAUCCUCGAGUUAUGGGAGGUGUUCCAAGCUGGUAUCCUAGCCGGAUGGAGCCAGCUCCUGUUGCUGGCUUUGGUGCCUCGGCCACUGCCAAAAUCAGCGUGGAUGCUUCUCUUGCUGGAGCUAUCAUUGGGAAGGGUGGUGUGAACUCGAAGCAGAUUUGUCGCCAAACAGGGGUUAAGUUAUCCAUUCGAGAGCAUGAGAUGGAUACUAACUUGAGGAACAUUGAGCUGGAGGGGACAUUUGAUCAGAUCAAGGAAGCUAGUGCCUUGGUGAGAGAGCUGAUUGUGAGCCUUGGUUCAGUUGCUGGACCUGGAACAGCAGCAGCAUCUGUUGGACACUCAGCACCUGCUCGAGGCAACUUCAAGACCAAGCUUUGUGAGAAUUUUGCAAAAGGUUCGUGCACGUUUGGGGACAGAUGCCACUUUGCGCAUGGAGCUGCUGAGCUGAGGAAAUCUGGACUAUGACAUGCAUGACCGCCUUCUUCUUCUUCUUCUUCUUCUUCUAUAUAUGGUGGCCUAGCCAGGCAGCAGCACAGCCAUUGUGCGAUUGCGCCCCCCCCCCCCCCCCCCCCCCCCUUCCUCUGGGAGCUCAGUUUUGAGCUCUUGCUGCUGUUUGAAAUUGUGCUAUUUAAGGGGACUUGACAAUUUAUAUUUGCUGUUUCCAAUAUCAGUGUUUUGGACAGAUUAUACUAUGGAGUAUUUUCUAGUGUCAUUUUGCUUGCUGGGA